AUGACCGACUCCCAUGCCUCCAUUUCGGGCAUCCUACAGGAGUACAAGAGCAGCCCACCUAGUAUCUCCGUUGUCGAAUUAACGGCGCAAUUAAAUUCACUAAAAGAAUCCAUCUGUUCUAAGUUAAAUGAAUUUCACCGAGAUUUUCGCCCUGUCUCGGAGCAAAUUACGCAAAAUGCAGCUGAACUGCGUCGCCUGCAGAUCACCAUCGAUGCACUGAAUGCAGAAUAUGCCAGCAAGGUCAAAUCCCAGAUGGAAGGGCUCGACCCUGCUGAAGCUCUGGAAGGUACCGGAGUUCCGUGCAAGAGACUUCCACGUCUAAUGCCAUCGGAGAUCCACUCGCGCGCAGUGGAGCAGUUGGAGGCGGUGUUGAAGCUGCAGGCGAGCUGCCAGCACCUGCUGCGCGUGCACACAUGCCUGGAGUGUCUUGGCGACCGCAUCUACGACCUCAUUCGACGCUGCAGAGCACGUCGUUCGCGCGACCACUUCCUCGCCAAUGCUGACUCCCGUAAACAGGUGGUCUUCGAGAAAGAGAAGGAAGAUGGCUCGGAUUGGGAGGAAGACGAUGACGAGGACGACCUGGACGACUUCGACGAUGACGAAGAUGACGUGGGAGCUUAUGGUGAUGGCGAUGGGUUAGUCGCUCAAGUGCCUCCCAACUGUGGCGAUAUUGAAGCCGAAGUCGCUGCCAUCGUGGCGUGCCUACGAGAGACUGAAAAAGAGCUCUCCGUUGAGACAUUCUAUGAGAAAUCCGAAGUCGUCCUCUUCCAAUCUUUCAUGCGAACGUGGGUCGAUCAUAAGAGGGAACUACGCGAUUUUAUCGAUCGCUACUGGCACAGCAUGGUACGCGUCUAUUCAAAUCCCGACGAGAGGAAUAUUGUCUGCAAGCUGGAAAUUCAUGGCACGCCGCCGGAGCUAACAAGCCUCGUCACGCUCAUGGGAGCCAUGCACGAAACUCAGAUGCGAAUAGAGAAUGUGGCUGAAGAAAUUUGGAAACAGAUGUUCAUUCCCUGGCUCGAAAGCAUCUCGGGCAAAAUCGACUCACGAACCUCACACCUGCGUUUCAAUGUCACGGAAGACCUGAGCCUCGAUCAUGCGGAAAUUUGGUGUCUAGAAUUGGUUUCAAUUGACGGUGAAGAUCUAGAUUCAACGGAGAACAUUGGAAAGGAGAGCACGGCUGUCAUCCAAGAUGUCUGCAGGCAACUCACCAAUGCCCUGCGCGACCUCGACAACCACUUAUUUGGUCUGUCGGACGGGACUGGCAGUCGUCUGAUCGAUUAUUGCGUGCCUGCAGUGGACGUCUUCAACGUUGAACUAGCCAGACGCCUGCUCGACGACUUUCUAACCCCCAAUCUGCCCACAGCUGCUGUUGUCGCCGACAAUGGCGUGCUUCAAGUGGUCGAUGAUGAAACGUCCAAGUUUAUUCUAGCGACCAACAGCGCCCUGUGGCCGCUGAUCACCACGGCAAAGGAGUGCGGUUUCUUCCAGGAGAAAGCCGUGACCUGCCUCUCAGACUUCCUCGACGGCCUCACUCGACUGACCAAUCAGCGCCAAGAACAGGCCUACUUGCAGUCGCUGAUGCGGAUUCUGGAAAAGUACGAAAAUUUCGCAUCUCUGGAGAGAGUUGGUGUCAGUAAACUGGGACAGCAGACGCCUUCCACGGAGGCAAGCGACGACAACAAGGAGAACGCCAAAAUGUCGGAGGAGCAAUUGGAGGCGGCAGAGUUGGCGAAGAUGUUCCACAACGUCCACCUGGAGUUCCCUGCGUGCUACAUCUCCAAGGCAGUUGUGCAUUUGCUCGGGCAAAUUGACCAGAUCAUCGGCGAUGCUGAACGCCUGCUUGACAGGGGUCUGGCGAGGGACGUGGGGUCUCAGGGUGACGCGCUAGCGCCGCGCCUGGUGCAGUCUCUGCUUCACCGCGUGCCUCGUCUCAUCUUCCUCUACUCGCACUGCGUGCCCACUUUGCACGCCGAACGCAUGAAACACGAUCUCCGAUUCAUCGCCACGUACCACAACGACUGCAUGUACCUAGCACACGAAUGCCUAACCCUCGGCCGAUGCAAGCUCUACCCCCUCGCUGAACGCCUCCUUGGCGACGACGACGAAGCUGAAGCCACAGCAGCCUUGCGCAGCCUCCAGGGCCUCGCCUCCAUCUCUACCCUCCAGUUAGUCUCACCGCUUCGCAGAGCUGCGACAUCUAGCCUGCUGGAACACCUCCGGACUCAAAAAACCCUCCUAGACGAGUCAUUCAAGCUCGCGCCUGGCGAAGGCAGAGACGCCUGUGAGAGGGCAAUUCUCACAUGCACUUCCCAGCUUCUGAGGAUUUUCAAGGAGUUUGAUGUGCUACCGGUUUCCGUGUUUUUGCGCAUCCUCGGUGUUCUCGCUGACGAGUUCGUGAGGCUGCUCUGCGACGCGGUUGUGCGGCUAGACGACAUCACGACCAUGGAUUGCGCCGCGCUGGUUCGUCUCAUCUCCUCCGUCAUCGAAUCCGACCUGCGUUUUAAUAACAGCCUAGUUGCCUCGCCCCGAGGACGAGCAUUUCUAGUUUGUUUUCGCCAGCCUCGAGUUAAACUUGGCGCUAAGACGCGGUUGGUUGGUUGGUUGGUUGGUUUUAGCAACCAGAGCGAGUGUGUGCGUGUUUCCGGCGGUACUGCGCCUCACCACCCCACCCCGCCACUGCGGAGUGACUCACUCCCCCUCGCACGACGGCUGAGUCACUGCACAGUGUUCUUCGCCGCUGUCCGACACCGUGUCCGCUAUCGCGGCCCGCAUUUGGUCCGGUUUCGGCUCCUCCCCCCACCCAAGUCGAUUUCUCGUGUUCCUCGGCCCAAAACUGCUUUCUGUAUCACGCGGAUGUUUGAAACCCACCUGGACGCGGCGUUCGAUCCGGCGUUCGGGAGUUCCUUUGCAAAGACGGAGACAAAGCCCAAAAUUUGCCACCCCGGCCCUCGAUUUGGCGAAUUUCCUCCCGCCGCGCUGAUUGGUCGGCGCUGCAGCCUCUCCUUCGCCUGCCGACCAAUGAGAGCCGCGGCCUUGACAAGGCUUGGAUUGCGUGGACGUGUGCAGCCAAUCGCCGCGGGCGACAGGGCCAGGCGCUGUUCUGUGCAUGCCCACGGCGAUUGCCCACAAGUCUGCGUGGAGACCCUGCUAGCCAGGCGGAUUCCCUCGUGGUCGCGUCUUCAAGCGGUCCUGCGGAUCCUGGAGGCGGCCUCCCUGGAGGAGAUCCGAUUGCUAUGGCGCCACCGCAAGGAAUCCCCUCGUCUCAGCCUCGACGUUGCCGAGCUGCGUCAAAUGGUUCAAGCGCUCUACCGCAACUCCUCUGCCAGAGCCUCACUCAUCCGGGAAAUCGAAGAGGAGUCUUCGUGA